AUGAAGUUGCAGAAGAACAAUAAAAAGUGGCUUCGUCUCGCAACAGUCUUUGUGUAUGUUAUAUCUGUUUCUUUAGCAGCAAUUAUAUUGGCUAUUUAUUACAGUAUAUUUUGGAAGCCUACUAUAAGCACCAAUUACACAGCAAGGCCAUAG